AUGCUGCGGUGUGCGUCGCGCGUCUGUCGGGCCGCCUCCCUGUUGGGUUACCCGCUGCGCCGGGCAGCCGCGAUGGAAAUGUUGUACGGCGGUGUGCGUGUGCAGCACCUUGCACAGUCGCCGUUCUCCCUCCGGAAGACGCAGUCAGAGGCGCUUCCGUCCCCGUCGCUGCAGCGCGAGCGGGACGAUCUGGAGCUGGAGGUGAAGGACUCUGCCAACAAUGUGAUGGGGCUCCGCCUUUUCCCCAUUAACAUUGGGAUGCGGGCGAGGAACGAGGCGGUGCGGCUGCGAAGCGAAGACUGCUACAAGCG